UGGUAGGUGUGGACCAACCAAAACGAGACUCUUGGAAGCAAUCUGGACACACUAUAUCUUCGUGGUCGAUCGUAUCCUUGUCGUUUUGUUGGUUUGGGCACAUUUUCACUCUCUCAGUCUCUCUGUCUCUUCGUCCGAAUCCUAGCUUUGCUUGAAGUUGUAUUGUAUGGCCGCCAAUUCGAGUAGCGUUAGAGGGAUCAGGAGCUUGGGGAAGCGAGUCGUGAACCAGAUCUGCUCUAAUCGCUCCAUCGCUGCUUUGACCUCCAGGAGGACUGCUCACACGUCUGCGUAUGACAAGAACUUUGAGGAUCAUGUUCGGCCUGCCGUAGUGCCGGAUGAAGUGAUCCAGCCUCAGUCCGACAAAUACUGGGCGCCACACCCGAAAACUGGUGUGUUUGGUCCAAUCACUGAGCACCAUAAAGCCAGUGGCGAGGAACAUGGUGGUCAGGACUCUGUUUUGGAGGAGAAAGCCUGGUUCCGCCCCACCAAUAUUGAAGACUUGGAGAAGCCUCACCACCAUUGAAGUAUUUAUGCGCUUCCCACCUCUCUAAAAUGUGUUUUGGCAUAGCUUAAGUAAUUAUUAUGCUAAGAUCUUGAAAUAAAGGUGCUUGUUAUGUAGAAACCUACGAAUCCCCCGGAUACUAGAUUGAUGUUAUUUAGGUUCGUGUGUUUGCUUUAUUUCUGCUGUACUUUUGUUAUGAAAUACUUGAACAUUGUUUCUCUGGCCUUGCUUGUCCACAUAGAUUUAUGCUUUGGCUAUA